AUGGAGUCCCGCAUUGGUCGUUCUCUAAACCUACUUGCAGACGACUUUACCCCUGCUCAACGCAUCCCUACUUGCGCUCGGCCGUGGCGUGGCUAUAGAGGCAGAGGAUUUCAUGAUGGCCUUCAAUAUCGCGGUGCUAACACGAUUCGACAGGCUUCUCUGCAGGGGAAUGGAAAUGGACCUGUGCCCUCGACGAGUCCGUUCGACCCUUUCGUGACGACUUCGAACCCCCUUGCCGCAGCAAACGCAGUUGGUCCAGUCCAGGCAAACCCCUUCUCUCCGGAUACCGCUGCCGCUGCACUGGGUGGGGCCACCUUCUUUACCGGCCAGACCGGAUUUCAACCAGUUCAAUAUCACUUGUAUGCCCCGAUUGGCCCCCACAGCCAGAACACCCUCGGAUAUCAACGCAACGUACACGACCUCUUUUUACCUAACGACUUCCGCGAGGAGCUGCAAAAGAAGGCAGCCGCGACGUUACAAACAUUGCCUAAUACGCAGCUUCCAGCACAAGUCGACUAUUUCCAUUCCCUGGUGCCUUUGGAUCUCAAUCAUCAGAAAAACGCGACGAUUUUUGGAUUUCCGAGCUGGGUGUAUAAAGCGCAGUCGAGCAAAGACGGGAAUUUCUAUGCUCUCCGACGGCUAGAAGGCUUCCGUUUAACAAAUGAGAAAGCUAUCCGAUCCGUCCAAGCUUGGAAGCGCGUCUGCAAUGGAAGUGUGGUGACUGUCCAUGAUGCAUUCACGAGUAGAAGUUUCCAGGACAGCUCUCUGAUCUUUGUCACCGACUACCAUCCUCUUUCUAAGACGCUGGCCGAGCAGCACCUUAGCGCCGGAAACCGAUUCCAGGGCCGGAGCAACACACACAUCCCUGAGCAAGUGCUCUGGGGAUAUAUGACACAGAUCGCUAACGCCCUCAAGGCAAUCCAUAGCAACGGCCUCGCAGCCAAGAUCAUCGACCCGAGUAAGAUCCUCCUAACGGGCCGGAACCGCAUCCGUCUCAACGCUUGCGCCAUCAUGGACGUCGUUCAGUUUGAUACGCAGCGAUCGAUUGCGGACCUCCAGCAUCAGGACCUGGUCAGCUUCGGCCAACUCAUCGUCACCCUGGGGGCCAAUUCACCAAGCGUCAUGCACAAUCCCACGAAGGCGAUGGAGCAUUUCACACGGGCGUACAGUCCUCAAAUGAAGAACUCGGUCUUCUGGCUGCUUAAUAGCAUGCAGAAGGACCAGGACCACACCAUCGACAUCUUCAUCACGGGCAUCUCAUCCCAGCUGAUGUCGACCUUCGACUCAGCACUCCACAUGGACGACCAACUCACCUCCGACCUGAGCCGUGAGCUUGAGAACGGGCGCCUCGUGCGCCUCAUGACGAAACUCAAUUUCAUCAACGAGCGGCCAGAGUAUGAGCACGACCGCCAAUGGUCCGAGAAUGGCGAGCGCUAUUUCCUCAAGAUCUUCCGCGACUAUGUCUUCCACCAGGUCGACGCGCACGGCGAUCCGGUCGUGGAUCUCGGCCAUGUAUUGGCGUGUUUGAACAAGCUGGAUGCGGGCUCCGAUGAGAAGAUCACCCUCGUGAGUCGCGAUGAGCAGAGCUGCUUCAUCGUCAGUUAUAAGGAGAUCAAGAAAGCUCUGGAGUCAUCUUUCCAGGCGCUUCUGAAGCCUACCCGGAGAGUUCAUUAA